AUGACUUUUAUACUUUUUCCAAUGACUCGGAUGAUACUGAUUUGUUUUGAAAAACAAAUGAAGUUCAGAGUUCAAAAUAAAGAUUUAGUAAUGGCUAAAAUUGUUUGGAGAUGGAAAUCAAAUAUAAUAAAGCUAAUGGAGUUCAAGAGAACUACUGAUCAGUUACUGAAAAGGUUCAGUAUGAUAGACUGUGAAACUGUAAAGACUUAUAUUGUGACAAAACUUGAUUUUAUAAAUGAAAAAGAAACUAAUACUGAUAAUGUAUCUUAUCAAGCCCUAAUAGGUAGCUUACUGUAUUUAUCAGCAAUUACAAGACAUGAUAUCUCUUUCAGUGGGAGCCAGUUCAAUAAUUCUUGUACUGAAAAACAUUGGAUAUGUGCUAAGCGAAUUUUGAAAUAUCUGAAGGAAACUAAGAAUUAUUUCCUAAAGUUUAGGAAAGGAGAUUUAGAAUUAUGUGGUAAUGUAGAUGCAGAUUGGGCAAAUUUUUCUUCAGACAGAAAAUCAUAUUCUGGUUUUGUUUUUAAGCUAUGUGUUUCUAUAGUGUCAUGGCAGAGUGUUAAGCAAAAGACUGUUGCUCUUUCUAGCACAGAGGCUGCAUAUAUGGUUCUUUCCAAAGCUUGUCGGGAGACCAUUUAUUUAAGGAAGUUUUUACAUGAACUGAUAAGCUAUAAUAAGUCUGUCACAUUGUUUAAUGGUAAUCAGAGAGCCCCGAAUUUGUCUGUUGAUCCUUCAAAUCAUGAAAGUUCAAAACACAUUGAUGUUUGA